AUGAAAGGAAAUCAGUCGAGGGUGACUGAAUUCAUUCUUCUUGGACUAACAGAUGAUCCCGAGGUUCAGACUGUCCUCUUUGUGGUAUUCCUUAUGAUCUACUCUUUCACUCUGUUAGGGAAUUUAGCCAUCACGCUGGUAAUCAAGAUCAACUCUCACCUCCACACACCAAUGUACUUAUUGCUUAGUCAUUUAUCUCUCUCCGACAUAGGCUUUUCCUCAUCAGUGACACCCAAGAUGCUGGUAAAUCUCUUGGCUGAGAGGAAAACCAUAUCUUUCCCAGCCUGUGCAGCACAACUCUUCAUUGGGGCUCUCUUUGGAGGUACAGAGUGUUUCCUGUUGGCAGCAAUGGCAUACGAUCGGUAUGCCGCGAUCUGUAAACCACUGAUCUACCUGGCCCUCAUGUCUGAAAAGAAAUGCUUGGGUUUGGUAGCUCUUUCCUAUCUAGCAAGUGUCAUAAACGCUCUGAUGUGUACCAACUGGGUUUUUAGCCUAUGGUUCUGUGGCCCAAAUGAAAUCAAUCAUUUCUUUUGCGAUUCUCCUGCCCUCUUGAAGCUUUCUUGUUCUGAUACCCAUCUGGCUAAGAUCUUCCCAUCGAUCUCCUCAGGAACCGUGGUGACCAUCACAAUUGUGAUUAUAGUCAUCUCUUAUCUCUACAUUGUCACUGCCAUUCUGAGAAUCCACACCACUGAGGGAAGACACAAAGCCUUUUUGACCUGCGCUUCUCAUCUCAUGACCGUCACGCUGUACUAUGGGACCGUCACAUUUAUCUACGUCAGGCACAGUUCCAACUACUCGAUGGAUCAGAAUAAAGUGGUCUCGGUGUUCUACCUGGUGGUGAUCCCCAUGUUGAACCCUCUGAUUUAUAGCUUGAGAAACAAGAAAAUUAUGGGUACCCUCAGAAGAAUGGUUAGCAAGAGAAGUCUUUCCUGA